AUGUUAUCAGAGGCACAAGACAUGUCAACAAUAUCCUAUUGGCUAAAUCAGUGGAUAAGAAGUGGAGCAAAAUUACCACAUGAAAUUGUAUGCGAUUAUUCGUACGCUCUCAUCGGAGCCAUAACAUUUUCGUAUUGCCAAAUGUCAAGAAGCCGUUACUGUGAUAUAUGUUUGAGAGUAUUACAGAACAAAGAAACAUCUACUCCUGCUAUUUUUAUACGUCUGGACAUAGCUCACUUUAUUAAAAUGAUAUGCCGCUGGAAGUGUUUGGGAAAAGGUAGAAUAAAAGAAUUUUUCGUAAGGUCAUUAAUAAUUUUAGUUGAAUCAGAAACGUUACAACAGUUUGAAGAAAUAUUUGUGAAAAUUAUUGUCAUAGCUUCUUCCGAAACUGAUGGCUUAGAACUUGGUUCAACUUCAGUCCCUGCACCAGCUGAAUUAUUCCGGUCUCAUAUGAUUAAUAUGAUUAAAGAUACAAAUCUUCUAAAUGAUUCUGACUUGGAUGGUGAAGAUUUAGAUAUCAUUACAAACCAAGAUUUAAAUGAAGAUAAUUUUAGUUCAAAUCAAAAUAAUAUGGAUGUUUACAUAACCUACUUAAUAGAAAAAAUUGAUAAUUAUUGUUCUGUUGAAGGAAACAGAAUAAAUGCAUAUCAUAUACCUGAACUAAAAAUAAAUCUAAUGCGAAUAGUUAAAGAUUUUCCCAUGUGGAGCAAUGUGAUGAAGAAUUAUUUUAGUUCAAAUUUUUUAACAGCUACUAGUGCCCCAGUAGAAGGAUAUAUAGGUAAAUUAAAAUCAAAAUUUUCAAAGCCUUUGACCGCCGAUAGAUUUAUAACGUCGCACUUGAAAACUAUUGAAAGUGAGACUAAAAUAUCAAGAAGUAUUCAAAUUGAAAAUCGAGACCAAUAUAUUACAACAAAUAAACGUGAAUUAUUAAAAACUAACAGUGUGGACGUCAGAUUUAAAGAAGCAUUGACUGUAAAUAACGUAUUAAGCAAUAAGGAAACUGAAGAACAAAAUUAUUCUAAAAAUAGAAUUCCCAACAAUAACGGAUAUGAAGAUAUUGAUAUUGAAGAUGACUUUGCUCAUUAUAAUUUUACUAAAGACAACGAAAUUGUAAAUACAAUAUGUGAUGUUCCUAAUGAAGAUAAUAUUUUGCUUGAUAACUUCCAAUAUGAAACUGAUAUUAAAGACUUAUUAAAAGUGAUACAAAACGAUGGACUAGAGGAUGAUAUAUCUAAAGAUAUUUUAUCCGAUGAAAAUUAUUCUGAAAAUUAUAUGUCAGAAGAUGACCAGUCAGAAGAAAAUAAUAUGCCUGAAGAUUAUGACGAAACAGAAAAUUGGAAGAAUUUAGGGGAAAAACCGUUGAAAAAAAUAAAACGACCAACUAAAUAUAAAGGGAAAUGUCCCGAAAUUGAAAGACGUUUGAACCGAUCGGGGUUGAGGUCUUCGAAUAAAUGUCUAAUAAUUAAUGGCAACUUAUGUAAACCAGCAGUUAUCGAAAAUAAGAAGUAUAUUAUUUAUAACACAUGUCCUUUUGAUUCUAUACUAUCAUCGGUUGUUAUAACUUAUAUUGAGUCCCAAAAAUACAGAGAACUUGUUGACGAGAAAGUCACUAAAAAUCAGUUUUUGUCAAUUUGUCGUGAAGUAGCAUACCAUAAAUGUAACACUGUAAUAUACCAAAAACGAGCAAAAAUGUUGAUUGGCAUUUUUAAAACAUCUAAAAACAUUUCCGAAAUUCAUACAGUAUUUACAGAAUGCAAUAUCAGUCAAAUGACAGAAAAAUUGUUAGUUGAAAAUCCUUCUUCUUUUGAACAUCGCUUUUGUCUUCAUUGUAAUUAUACAAAAACAUUUAAAAAUACAUUGAUGAUAAUUUCUCGAAAUUAUCAACAAAUAAUUAUAAAAGAAGGAAUACACCAUCUACCAGGCGCAGUAUGUGACUAUAUGAUGAAUACCAAACAAGUGUGCGCUAAAUGUAAAGAGGAAGAAUUACAAAUCAGCAAGGAGCUGCAAGUUACAAUUCGAAUAGAGACAGACUGGAUUGUUGAAGAGUGUUCUCUUGCUGACAUCCCAAUGGAGUUAAUAGUCGAUACAAAAAGGUAUGUUAAUAAGUAA